AUGCAAGCGCUUCGAGAAAAAUUCAAAAUCGACAAAUCUAAAAAAGAUAAAGAUAAAGAUAAAAAAUCAGUUCACAACGUAGGAAACGAGAAGGAUGAUCCAGAAACAGGUAAUUCAAAUCAACAACCACAAUCAUCUGAAAAGGUGAAAGCUUUUCUGGCAAAAGCAAAAGAUGAAUUUCAAGUCAAAUAUGAAAAACCAAGUCAAAACACAGCAAAACCAGAUGAUUUUGAUCGGAUCCGAACGCUUGGAACAGGAUCAUUUGGGAGAGUGAUGUUGGUCAAACAUCAAAGUACUGGACAUUUUUCUGCAAUGAAAAUACUCGAUAAACAGAAAGUAGUAAAAUUGAAACAAGUUGAACAUACAUUAAAUGAAAAACGAAUAUUACAAGCCAUUACUUUUCCAUUUUUGGUCAAUUUAGAGCAUCAUUUCAAAGAUAACUCUUAUUUAUAUAUGGUAUUAGAAUUUGUACCAGGAGGUGAAAUGUUUAGUCAUUUAAGAAAAGUUGGACGAUUCAGUGAGCAACAUGCACGAUUCUAUGCUGCACAAAUUGUUUUGACAUUUGAAUAUCUUCAUUAUUUGGAUAUUCUCUAUCGUGAUUUGAAACCAGAAAAUUUACUUAUUGAUGCAGAAGGAUAUUUAAAGGUGACCGAUUUUGGUUUUGCCAAAAAAAUUAAGGGAAGAACGUGGACUCUAUGUGGUACUCCAGAAUAUCUUGCACCAGAAAUUAUUCUAUCAAAAGGAUACAAUAAAGCUGUUGAUUGGUGGGCACUUGGAGUUCUUGCCUAUGAAAUGUCAGCCGGUUAUCCACCAUUUUUUGCUGAUCAACCAAUUCAAAUAUAUGAAAAAAUUGUAUCUGGAAAAGUACGAUUUCCAUCUCAUUUUAGUAGUGAUUUAAAAGAUAUUCUAAGAAAUUUAUUACAAGUUGAUUUAACAAAACGAUAUGGCAAUCUUAAAAAUGGAGUCGAUGAUAUUAAACAGCAUAAGUGGUUUUCGACGACAGACUGGAUAGCCAUUUAUCAGAGAAAAGUUGAACCACCAUUCAUACCCAAAACUAAAGGACCAGGUGAUGCUAGUAAUUUCGAUGAUUAUGAAGAAGAACCUUUACGCAUUGCGACAACCGAAAAAUUUACAAAAGAAUUUGAAGAAUUUUAA